AUGGCGGAAGACAUGAUUCAUUUUUGCAGCUACAAGGAGAAAUUUACUAGUCUGUAUUGCCGCCUUUCUGCUGUUAUGGAGCUGGAUUCUCUGAAUACCCAACAGUCCCUGAGGGAAGCAAUCUCAGACAGUGAGGUUGCAGCUGCCAAACAAAGACACCAGCAAGUUUUAGAUUUUAUUCAGCAAAUAGAUGAAGUUUGGCGUGAAAUGAGAUGGAUCAUGGAUGCUCUCCAAUAUGCAAGAUACAAGCAACCAGUCUCUGGCUUACCCAUCACUAAGCUGAUAGACCCCUCAGAUGAGCAGAACCUACAGAAGAUCAACUCUACAUCAUCACAUAUAGACUCUCUUCCAUCACCAUCCCCAUCCCCAGAGAUGCGCAGAAGAAAGGCAGUGAGUGAUUCCCAGCCCUGCUCUGACGAAGAAGGAUGCUCGGAAGUCUUCCUCCCCACAGACAGCGACUACGACUCCAGUGACGCCCUGAGCCCCCGAGACCUGGACCUGGUCUACCUGUCGUCGCACGACAUCGCCCAGCAGGCCCUAAGUGGGCUGAGCGGCAGCGCCCCUGACGUCCUGCAGGUGCACGACACGAAGCCCCCGCGGGGGUCGGGCCAGGACACCCAGGGCCGGGUCCAGGUCCCAGGUACCGACCACGCGUGCGCUGAGUUCCUCCACAGCCUGACCCUCACGGGCUUGGCGCCCAAGAACCACGCCAAGAUGGCCCCGGGCACGCAGCCGCCGCCGGGCUUCCUGGGAAAGCGGAAGCCGGGCAAGCACCAGCACUACGGCGGCUUCAGCCGCCACCACCGCUGGCUGCGCAUGCACGGCGAGGCACAGUCGCUGUCGCUCUCCGAGGGCAUUUAUACACCGCACCUAUCCCGGGCCUGCGGCCUGGCCCGGGAGCCGGGGGAGGCCGAGCCACCCGGACCCGCCGUCGAUGGGCCCCGGGGUCUGGCUCUGACCCAUGCCGCCAGCCUCCCUGAGGAGCAGAAGAGCAGCCUCCGGGACGCGAGGCCUUCGGUGCACCGCAUCUACGUGGAGCCCUACCCCGCGGCCCUCGUGGGCCAGGACGCAAAGCCUUGGGCCGGCUUGAGCCGGUCUCCUGGAGGCCGCGCUGGCCUGCCCAGCCCCACAGGCCAAGAGAUGAGCCCAGAGGGUCCCACCACUUCCCCGGUGUCAGAAAUACUCAGCAGCAUGCUGUAG